AUGCAAACAAUUGGGUCUCGGAUAGCGCAGACCGGACUUAGCUGCCAUUGCCCGUCAUGUGUCACAGCCGGUGCCAGCAUUGUUGCUAGACGGACCACCAGUGCUGCCGCCAGACGGCCAGUGAGGUGGGCUCUAUCCUCGACCUUUGUAUACUCGGGCAUCUUCGCCGCCGCCGCUACCACGGAUGCUGGCUUCAAGCAAAAGAGACGGGAACAAUGGGACCGCGCCAUCGCCGACAUUAAACACGAUCUGCACGAUUCUGAACUGGACAAGGGUUCCACUACUCAGGACUUCACACAGCCUAAGCAAGAGAAGGAUGAACAUGUGCAGGAUGAACAAGAGAAAGAGGAGACUGUGCUGUGGAAACCCCUCUUCAACGACCCUCAGCAAGCCAUUCUCGAGGACCGGCAACAAGAAGCAUUCGAGGAUGGCGCCAUGUGGCCUGCGAACACUGGCUCUCACCUAAAUCGAAAUUUCGUUGCUCCCAAUUCUAUCUACGCCCGAACCUGGCAUCGCGAGAGAGCCCUCGCCUCCCGCUAUUCUACCAAGAAGCUGCGCACAACCGAAUUUGCUGUCGACAAACUUAUUCUGCGUAUGCUCCUACACCUGGAUGACCUCGACUCCCGCAAGGAUAUAGACGCUGUCGUACCGGAGUCAUGUCGAGACUUCUUUGGCGCUCCUACUUCCCACCUCAAGGCUCUCUUGCUCUACACAAACGACCAGCAUCUGGCGGCCACUACGUUUCCAGAUUCUGAUGCCGAUGCACACCCUGACAGCUUUCCGCGUCAGCACAAAUACGGUGUCAAUUUUGGACAGGACGAGUUUGGUAAUUUUCACCAAACUAGCCAAGACUUGAACAAUGCUCUAGGUCAGCUAUUUGAGACGCAAAAAUCAGGGGGACUGGCCUACAAGGAUCUUGUAGCAAAGAUUGCUUACAACCUCUACAUCUCUCCAGCACCCCCUAGCUUGGACUGCUGGAAUACCCUGCUUUGCUACUUCUUAAGAAGUGACAAUCUCUAUCUGGUCGGCCCUCUGUUGCAUGCAAUUCGCAAUGCAAAUGUUCGGCAGAACGAGACCACAAUCAGGGAAACACUCAGAUACACCAUCAUGAUCGGCUCGCCUGCCAAAUUCGCCCGCUUUGUUGAUAACAUACGCGGUCUGGGAAAGGGUCUGAUGCUUGCAAAGUCAACUACCAACAUCAGUGAUUCCGGUCGUUCUCGUCUAGUCUUGAAAGAGACCAGUAAGAUUGUUCAGAAGCCACACCACUCACCGGAAGUCUUUGAGAUGAUUAUACAAGGUGUCUUGCGCUUUGUCGGUUUCGAAGCCGCCCUCCGAGUUUGGAGGGACAUGGUCGCAGAUGGAUGGGGUUUAUCAAUUCGUGGCCUGACUCCUUUACUCGACAAUCGAGCGCGGAACGCAGACUACAAAGGCGGAUGCCAGGUAUGGGAUGCAAUCAAAAAGCUGCAAGAGGACAGUAGAGUCAAGGGCAAACCAGAGAAGUUGUUCGCUCGAACUUACACGGCUAUGUUGCGUCUAUGCAGUGCUUGCGACGACAUGGUGCGCUUCGAUGAGAUCUUGCGCGAAGCACGCGCUGCCAAGUACGAGCAUAGAACACUGUUGAAGAUGUUCAGAGUAGAGAUGCUUGCAGGGUCAUCACCAAUACCUCAGAUGGAAGAACCCGAUUCUCACAUACAACGGAUUCAAAUCAAAGGAUCCGAGAGAAUGGAUGAGGAGGUUUCGGCGAUCCCGGAACCUCCUGUUUUCAGCCACACACCGUCGGUACGCCCCCUUGUCAGGUAUUUACCAGCGGACGUAUUCUCUCAUGUUGAGGAUGACGAAGGAUGGCUGGAUUCAUCCUUCGACGCAGUCCCUGAUCGGAAUCUCGAGGAUGCCGAUGACGAAGAUUGGCUGGAUUCACCAAUGGAGUUAGCAAGGAACUAA